CGGACGUUCGCGCAGUUUAAACGUGCGCGCUCUCGCGUCAAUGCGUCACAGCUGUCAAGCUGCGAACGCGCACCACUCACAAUGGACUAUAACGUCUCCUUCUACUCCCUUUGAAUUUAGCAGAAGAAACUCAUCAAGGACGUUUAAAAAGUAACAUGACCGCAAAGUGGUCGCCACAUUGGAUUAAAGCGCCCCGGGAAAACCGGUUUACAUGAAGGGUUUGAAGUGAGAUAUAGCCGUAGCCGUCACUAAUAAGCUAGCCUCGGACUUCUACCGGCUUCGUUCGCCGCGGCUAGCUCGUUAGCUACCUAGCUGGAGUGAUGCUAAGUGGCUCAGAUAGUUAUGAACAAUUGUGUCAUUAGGUCUUUAAAAGACAAACAAUGUCCCCUGGAGGGACAUACGGCGGCUAAUAACAACAAUAAAAAGUGGCACUCGGUAGGUAGUGAUGGGUGUGAGUGCUGUCAAGACAUGAGCCCCAUGGACGAAGCCGUGCUGCCCGGGAUGUCGUCCGUUCAGCCCGGUCUGGACGACCGGGGCGGGCUCCGGCUCCUCGAGGAUCUCGGUUGCCCGCCCGCCGCCUCACCCUACGUGGGCGACGUCAACGGCGAGGGCCCGCUGUUCGAAAGACGGAAGCGGUCGCGCUCCAACAGCUCCAGGCACCACUUCGGCGAAGUGGUGGCCGAGCUGGGUCCCGAGGAGGUGCGCUGGUUCUACAAGGAGGACAAGAAGACGUGGAAGCCCUUUGUGGGACACGACUCGCUGAACAUCGAGCUCAUGUAUCGGAAGUAUAACGAGCUCAACCCCGGUGCGGCGAGCCUCCCGGUGGACGUUCAGGGAGCGAAUGGAGAAAUGUCGGUGGAAACCCGGACCAUGGGCGUCCUCGGAGACCACGGGUCUUUGGACACAUCCACACCGUCCAUGAGCACGGAUGAGAGAGACCCCGACAGCAUUGACGUCCAUGUGGAGCCCGUCUGUGUCAGGGGGGGACUCUAUGAAGUGGACGUCAGAGAGAGAGGAUGCUACCCUGUUUACUGGAAACAGCAAGACCACAUUCCGGUGCUGCGAGGCCAGUGGUUCAUCGACGGCACAUGGCUGCCCCUAGAGGAGGACGAGAGCGACCUUAUUGAAUGCGAGCACCUCAGCCACUUUCGCGGGCAGCAGGCACAGGACACCUUCGACGCCAGCGACAUGGUCGUCCGGACCGUCGACGGUAAAGACGGUGAGCCAUUACUAUACACUGCCAUCCACAGCUUGAAGCUGAGUCGGACCCACGUGGACUGGCACAGCGUGGACGAGGUCUACCUCUACAGUGAUGCCACCACAUCUAAGAUUGCUCGCACUGUGACACAAAAACUGGGCUUCUCCAAAGCCUCCAGUAGCGGAACCCGGCUACACCGCGGGUACGUGGAGGAGGCCUCUCCAGAGGACAGACCCCCACAGACCACGCACAUUGUCUUUGUGGUCCAUGGGAUCGGGCAGAAGAUGGAUCAGGGACGCAUUAUCAAAAACACGGGAAUGUUGAGGGAAGGUGUGAGAAAGAUGGAGGAGAAGCACUUUUCAGAGCACAAUGAUGAGCAUGUGGAAUUCCUUCCAGUGGAGUGGCGCUCCAAACUGGCCCUGGACGGAGAUACAGUGGACUCCAUUACACCAGACAAGUUGAGAGGCCUGAGAGACCUUCUCAACAGCAGUGCCAUGGACAUCAUGUACUACAACAGUCCUCUUUACCGUGAUGAGAUCACGAAGGGACUGACACAGGAGCUGAACAGACUGUACAGCCUGUUUUGCUCGCGCAACCCCGACUUCGAGGAGAGUGGGGGCAAAGUUUCCAUUGUGUCGCACUCGCUGGGCUGCGUCAUCACGUACGACAUCAUGACGGGCUGGGACCCCGUCCGCUUCUGCCUUCAGGAACACCACGCCGUGGAGGAGGAGCUGCACAAGCACUGGACGUCGUACGAGGAGAGGCAUCUGCUGGAGCAACUGCGCUACACCAGGAACAGAUUACGAGAGCUGGAGAAUCAACUUUUAACACUGGAAGCCUCCAAACCGUCAACACCUCCUGCACUCAAAUUUAAGGUGGAAAACUUUUUCUGCAUGGGAUCUCCUCUGGCGGUCUUCCUGGCAUUAAGGGGUAUUCGGCCUGGCACCAGUUGCCACCAGGACCACAUCCUUCCGACAUCCAUCUGCAGCCGCCUCUUCAACGUUUUCCACCCGACGGACCCUGUGGCCUACAGAUUGGAGCCCCUCAUCCUCAAACACUACAACAAUGUUGCACCAGUGCAAAUCCACUGGUAUAGCGCCACCAACCCGGCACCUUACGACGAGGUGCGGCCCACUUUCCUCAACUUGACUAAGGAGCCGACUUCCGACAUGGAGAGCAUCCCCAGUCCGAGCACUUCUCCCGUCCUCCAGCGGAGACAUUACGGAGAGUCCAUCACCAAUUUAGGCAAGGCCAGCAUCCUCGGAGCGGCGAGUAUCGGGAAAGGCAUCGGUGGCAUCCUCUUCUCCCGCUUCUCGCGCUCCAACAGCCAACCCUCGGUCUCUGUGGGUCUGGAGGGCGGAUCCAACCCAGAAGACGACGAGCAGCAGAAGCGCACUGAGAGCCAGUCGGCGUACGGCCUCUCAACCAUGGCCCGGCCCACUUCGCCCCCUGCAGACGUGUCAUUGGAGCUGGAGCGCCGCAUUGACUUUGAGCUGCGCGAGGGCCUGGUGGAAAGUCGUUACUGGUCAGCCGUCACGUCGCACACAGGCUACUGGUGCUCGCAUGACAUCGCCCUCUUCCUCCUCUCUUUCAUAUACCAGCAGAGGAAAACAACCUCCGAUCCCGGAGGAGCCACCCCCGAACCUGACUGAACACACUCCUCCCCUCGCUCCUAGCCUAUUUUUGUUGCUGUCUUUUUUUAACGCACACUGAUAUUUUUCUUAUGAUCCAGUUCUGUGAACUACAAAUAAUAAGCCGACUUAAGUACUUUCAUUCCAGUACAGUGGAACCUCUAAAGUGGACCAAAACAUUUUAUUUCACAAUAGAAAACCAUGCACAAUGCACCUUUAUUACAGAGAGAUACAUCCCAAACGCAGCCGCGAUUGGUGAAAGUUUGGGCUUUCCAGAAGCCAUUUAGAAAAAAAAUUAAAAAUAAUGCCGCUCAUGCAUAAAUGAAUAAAUGAGUUUUUCAGUCAAUAAUGGAGGCAAGGGUCCAAUUAAAAAAAAAAAAAAAAAAACUAUAGCAAUCACCAGCCAGACCUCCAUUUCCCGAUGGUGUUAAUUUUAAUCAUCACAUUCAUCAAACAGUCCACUUUAGAGGUUCCACUGUAAACGCAUUUUAGUGUAGUUCAUCGGACCUGAAACAAUAGCCAGUAUGACCUCAGAACCGCUGUAGCUAAUUAGCAUAGCUUCAGUAGUAAAUACCAUCACAGUCAAAAGUUUGGAAACGCCUUCGAAUUCAAAUGGUCUCAAACGCUUUUAACUUGUGAUAUAAUCUUAAAGCUGAGAAAUUACCAAGCUGUGCAAAAAUGUUAUCUGGGCAAAAAGGGCCUACUUUAAAGAAUCUAAAUCAUAAAACAUUCUGUUUUGAUUCACAUUUUAUUGUUUACCAAAUAAUUCCAUCAAUAUUCCUUAUGUCGUUCAGGAUUUUUUUUUUUUAAAUAAUGAAAAACACUGACUUGGGGGGUGUUUUCAAAUUUUUCACUGGUUUUGUACCGCAUUGCCCUGUACAAGCUGGUCCGAAGCCUUGGUGACACAGCUGCCUGUUGGAUUACAUUGGUUUGCCUUUUGAAACCAGCCAAACAUACCGUAUGUUAUAUUUUAAUAGGACGGAACAUAAUAUUGGGUCAUUAUGUGAUUUAUUUAUUUAUUUUUAAUCACUAUUUGCAGCUGUCAGUAAUGGCCGACUAUGGGUCAUCAAGGGAUGUGUGAUCAAGAUUUGACCUUGUGGAGUUCUUAGAAUUUCAUGCUUUACUGGGAGCCAUCAAACCUAGCCAGCAUUUACUGCCUACACACAAUGACAAUAACUCUAAACCCUUACAAUUCAGCGUUGCCCGGCUGUAGAAUAUACAAGGUUCAAAUUUGGUUACUGUCGGAAUAAGAGACUUUUUUUGUGGGUCUUCUCACGACAGACAUAUCUGCAAAUAUUUCAAUUUUGAAAAUCUCUCACAAGAAUAUGUCAUAAGACACCUGGAAAAAUCGAAUAGAGGAAGGAAGGGAAUUAAGACAAAACGUGAGACUUUUUUGGUAGUCUAUUCAUGAUAGACAUGGCCACCAAAUUUCAUUUGUCGCAAAACUAAACUUGCUUUGGGGACUGAAUUUUCAUAAUAUCUCGGACUACACAAUGACAGACUAUGCAUUGUAUGCCCCACAUACAAUGCCAUUGUUUUGUCCACUCCAAAGAGACUCUUAAAUUAUUCUCCCAACAAAUAAUUAAC